AUGUCUUCGUCGUCAUCUCCUUCGUCCAGCCCAACCUCGUCCAGAAGACACACGGGAGGCCUCGCCAACCGCCUGAAGCACUUGGUGUCCAAGGAAAAGCGACGCUUCUCCUCGGACGGCUUUGACUUGGACUUGACGUACGUCACGCAGAAGCUCGUGGCACUGGGCUACCCGGCCGAGAAGAUCGAGGGCAUCUAUCGCAACCACUAUCGAGACGUCUUCCGGUUCUUCGAGCAUCGUCACCCUGGCCAAUAUCGCGUUUACAACCUCUGCGUGGAGCGUCGAUACGCACCCGACGAGAAGUUUCAUGGUCGCGUCGCUGAAUUCGGGUUCGAGGACCAUACCCCUCCUCCACUGUCAAUGGUGCUGCCAUUCUGUCGCGACGUGCAUGCCUGGCUGCAGGCGAACUCCGACAACGUAGUCGCCGUUCACUGUAAGGCCGGCAAAGGUCGAACCGGUGUCAUGCUCUGCGCCUACAUGCUGUACGCGCGGAUGUGGCGCUCCGCCCGUGGCGCGCUCGAGUUCUUUGCCGCCGCACGCUCAAUGAAGCUGCAAGGCGUGACCAUCUUGAGCCAGCGGCGGUUUGUCGGCUACUUUGCCGAAAUGUGUCGGCGAUCCGAGAGUGUCGAGGACGUUGAAGUGCUCGGGCCCUACGAAGAUGAAGCGGCCCGCGAGCGCGCAAUUACCUUAACAGAAUACCAUGCACAAUGGCUGCAAGAGACGCAAGCCACGUCGCCACGAAGUAGUAUCAUUGGGUCAACCCCGCGCCCACACGCGGAGCCUGUGUUGCCUGCUCGAGUACAUCUUGUGCUCGUUGCCGUCGUGCUCUGUGGAGUAGCCGGUCACAAGAAAACCAACAGUAGUGCAGCCGACUGGCGCGUUCGAGUUGAAUGUGGUGCUAUCCGUCCGCGCGCAGCCGUGUACGAACUUCCUGGUGGCUUUCAGCGCCAACAGCGCCCUAAUGGCACCGAGGGCGAAGAGGUCGUCGAGCUGGAACUGCGUUGCAACCGAGUGCUCGUCUGGGACGAAGUCAAAGUGGAGCUUCGGGGGCGAGCGGGCGGCACUCUGGGGCACUUUUGGUUCCACACGGCGUUCGUGCCGCAGGUGGGCGACUACUUCGAGCUGACGCUGGCCAAGAACGAGAUCGACAAGGUGGCCAAGGACGCCAAGCACGGCCACAAGAAGUUCGCGCCCGAGUUCGCGGUGCGUCUGCAGUUCGAGGUCGCUACUCCGCAGGACCUGGCCAGGUCGACUUCGGACGCCGCUGCGUGA